UCUCCUGACCUCUGGCCUCGACAUGACACCUUUAACCAGAGAACCAUCAUUAUCUGUAAGCCCCUGAGAUGACUGGUGUAAAAACAAUUACUCAGACAUGUCUGGCAUCAACAACCAUAGCAGAUUCAAAGUCGCUUAAAUCACCUUUCUUCUCCACCCUCAGUUUGAACAUCAGCAGCAGGUUGUCUUGACCAUGUCUGCAGGCCCAAAUAUUAUAUUAUAUCAGAUAUUUGCAUUAACAAGCACUUCAGCUGUUAUCUUUGUAGCGGCGUGUUUUUAAACAGGAACGUUUCUGCUCUAAAUGCCAGAGUAGCACUUAUUAAAGAAAGCACACAUCGACCUUAUGGUGUAAUUAACUUGAUUGACUGUUAGCCUGGGGCCUUAUGCUGUAAAGGGGCCCACAAGAGUGGCUGAUCACUUGAUGGCCGAGUCAUCACAUGUGUGCACAUGCCCAUGGUUCCAUUUCUUAAUAACGUCAGUCUAGCGUUGGGUUCUCGUGGACCUCCUCACAUAACUUCAUGCGUGGACUAAUGUGGAAAUGGGUGAAUGACGUGAAUGAAAAUGUACAUCACGCUGGAGCCUAGUGGACGUCUGUGCACACGCAGGCAAGAAUAGUAUUAUUAAAUGCUAUAAUUGGCCAUGUAUAAACUCUUGAAUCCCAACACUACAGCUUUCUGCCUUGUAAUUUCAAAUUGCCAUUGUUUGGACCACAAAGAGUCAAAAUCUCAUCUUCUACCGCUUUAUUCACCACAUGAGGGUCAUGAGCGGGCGGCGCUGGUGCCAAUCCCAGCUGACACAAGGCAAAAGGCGAGGCGAGGUACACCAUGGAGAGGUCACCAGUCCAUCACAGGGCCACAUAGAGACAAACAACCAUUCACUCGCACACACACCUAGAGUCAAUUUAGAAUGUCCAAUUUACCUAAUCCCCAAACCUGCAUGUUUUUGGACUGUGUUUGAUGAAGUCCCUUUAAAUGUCUUGAUUGUCAGGUUGUUGGGUUUCCGGCUCCCUGGUGCACAGAAUCAGGAUCAACCACGAACCCUACACUGCUCACUGCUCUCUUUCUGUCUGCCGCUGUUUUACUCACUGAACUCAUUUUUUUUUGUCUUUGUAUGCAAAUCCAUGCAGAUGAAUCUUGCACAACAACGUCAAACACAAGGAAGGCUUAUUUAGCCUUAACUCCCCUUGGCUCCACCGGAGUCUGUGUAGCUGAACAUGAUUCUGACUCCAUGGUGAGGGUCCGAAAAUGAACGUCUCCGUCCACUGUGAUCCCCCUGUCAUCAUAUACAAGCAGAGUGAUGGGUUUGACCUUAACGCCAGCUGUGACUGGACGUCAGUGGACAGAGGACCACUGCUGCCUACCUUUUCUACGGCGGCCAAAGUCAGAGUGAUCGUUACCUUCAUUCUCUGUGGUAUCUCCACUCUCUGCAAUUCUGCUGUGCUGUGGGCAGCCAAUGGCCACAAGCGCAAAUCCCACGUCAGAGUCCUGAUAAUCAACUUGACUGUGGCCGAUCUCUUGGUCACCUUCAUCGUGAUGCCCGUGGACGCCGUGUGGAACAUCACGGUGCAGUGGCUGGCCAGCGAUCUGGCCUGCAGGUUCUUGAUGUUCCUCAAACUACAGGCCAUGUACUCCUGUGCCUUUGUCACCGUGGUGAUUAGUCUGGACAGACAGUCGGCCAUCCUCAAUCCCCUGUCCAUCAGUGUGGCCCGCAAAAGGAGCAGGCUCAUGUUGAUGGGGGCGUGGACUAUGAGCACCCUGUUCUCCAUUCCCCAGAUGUUCAUUUUCCAUAAUGUGACCAUCACGUACCCAGCCAACUUUACUCAGUGCACCACGCGGGGGAGCUUCGUCACUCACUGGCAGGAAACUGCCUACAACAUGUUCACCUUCUCCUGCCUCUUCCUGCUCCCGCUGGUCAUCAUGAUCGUCUGCUACACCAGGAUCUUUAUCCAGAUGACAAAGAGGAGCUUGUUCUCCAAUCAACUGAGUCUGCGCUGUUCAAAAAACAACAUCCCCAAGGCGAGGAUGAGAACUCUGAAAAUGAGCCUUGUCAUAGUGAUCUGCUUCAUAGUGUGCUGGACUCCAUACUACCUGCUCGGCUUGUGGUACUGGUUUUUCCCAGACGACUUGGAGGGGAAAGUCUCUCACUCCCUCACCCACAUCCUGUUCAUCUUUGGCCUUUUCAACGCCUGCCUGGACCCCAUCAUUUACGGUCUGUUCACAAUACGCUUCUGCAAGGGUCUCAAGGGCGUGAGCCACCGAGGAGCCACAGACAUGUCAGUCAAGGUGACAAACACCGUGGUAACAGAGACUUUGAAAUGCACUGCAAUUACUUUUCCUUGCAAAAGACGGGAGGUCGCUGGUGAAAAAGCACAGCAAGUGUGAACAGGCUGAGCCAAGAAAAACAAUCCUGUUUUCAGUCAGGAAGGAGAACAAUCGCACCAUGCAGGAAAGAAGAGUAAACCGUUUAUUUACCUUUCCUCUGUGAUGAUGUGUGAUUAUCUGGUGACUGGAUAUAUUUUCAUUAUUGCAGCAUGUGCACAGUAAAUCUGUGAGGCACCCGAGGCUGUCCUCCUUGCAUUGAAAUUAUAUAAGCGCUUUAGGAACAGUGUUGCGUAACUGGCUUGAUGUAUUAAAUGUACAUUCACUGUGCUAUGAAAAAACCUUUAAUGACUAAAUGAGGCUACACAACAGUCCUGCUCUUGUCUGUGCUCAGAGUGCAUGUGCACUGAAUGCACUAUGUCUUUGUACAGUACAAGGCUCUAUCAACUGCAACAGGUAACCACUUACAGAAAUACAGUAUAUGACCCAGCCCAUUCUCUCAGGAGGAGAAAUCAACAAUGGUCCUCAAUAGAGUGCAAUUAUACAGGCACAAGUAUAUUAACAUCAGCAAGCCAAAGGUCAUAGGCCACAGCAUUGUGUAAAGCCAUGGUUCUCAAACUGUGGUAUGUGUACCACAUGUGGGGAAAAUCGGAAAUACUGUUCUACUGUAUAUACCAGGGUAUGUGAUUGGUAGAAUGUGUAGAAAAUUAUAAUAUAAAUUAAAUAUUAAUAAUUACAGUCACCUUAUCUCUCGCUCUAUCUUAAUCUAAUUUCACUACCAGUGUCAUUAGUAUUACUGUAUGUGAGGAAGAGGAGGAUGAUGAGAGAGCAAAUUAUCUUACUGAGAAGGAAUUUGCCUCCUGUGAAAAGUCUGUGUUUUAACGUUGGCCAUAAUGGAGUUACUUUGAAAGCUCUGUAUUUUCUCAGGUGGCACUUGGUAUGAAAGGUUUGAGAACCACUGGUGUAAAGAAUACAAAAGAGAAAAAGAUUAUAAUGAUGGUGUUGUGACAUCUACUUUGUUCAAAUCAAAAGGUUCAAAUUGUGCUCACAAUUGUUCGACAUGUCAGUUCUGAACUAAAUCGUCACAGACAGAUUAAAGGGUUUAUAGAUCUUUCGAAUUUGUGAAACCGUUAACUGCCUCUUUUCACACAUAGACCUCCAGAUCAUCCCAGGUUCACAUCAAAAACACCCACCUGUCAAAUCUGGACAAUACUAUCCCAGUGAGACUCUUAAAACAAAAACUAAAAAACCUUUUUUUUAAUGAAAUGCAAAAAUACUUUUUUUAAUUAUUGUACCUCAUCAUGCUAGGAGGCCACAAGGUUGGUGUUGUGGUUAGCGCGUUUCCUUUGCACCAAGAACACCCGGGAACAAGGGCCUUUCUGCGUGGAGUUUGCAUGUUCUCCCCAUGUGUGCACGCUUAUUCUCCAGUUUCCCCCCCACAGUCCAAAAACAUGCAGAUACGAAGAUUUGAAGACACUCUAAAUUGACCAUAGGUGUGAGAUUUCAUGGUUGUUUCUCUCUAUGUGGGCCUGUGAUGGACUGGUUGGUUGACAGCUGUUCUUUGUCAGCUGGAUUUGAUGGAUGGAUAAUGCUUGGAUCUUCUC